AUGGCACCCCAACGACCUUGCUUUUUUUGCUGCGUCCCUGCGCGCAAGAACAAGCGGACCAUGGAGGCUACGUUCAUCAAGAGUCAUUUUGACUCCCAGCACAAGGACCUUUCUUGGGGGCCGCUUACACGCCGCCACUUCACGAAGAAUGAAGAGGACCUCCACGAAGGCGCCCUAGAUCCUUUCCCGGCUUACGACGGUCGCACCGUCGAAAGCUGCAACGAAAUCCUCGCUUAUUUGCAUUCCAAGCCCAAGAAGCAAUGUGAAGACGGCCUGGCGCGCAUGCUUAUGUCCAUUUGUGAUGCCCUGUCAUUGGCACUUGGAUUAAACGCCGAUGACGUUCGCGCUUUCAGUGUGCCUGAUGACGACGAGGUAGUGGCGCCUGCUCGAGGUCAACGUCAUUGA